GAUCCCUGUUCGUUCAGCCACGUCACCAGCCACAGUUGGAGCUUCCUUGGAAGUGUUCUAGGUGACAUGUCCACGAAGUCGGAGCUUCGCGGCAGCAAUAUCACGCUCUUGUGAGACCCGAAACCAACUGAUCACUAUUAACGGGCCCAUUUGAACAUACCAGACUACUCGAGCGACAACUCAAACCAGUGCGGUAGUUUGCAAGUUUGCCUGUACCUCACUUGAGGUCGUCGGGCCAGGCUGGCAUCUCGGAAACGACAGUUUAGAGAGUUUUGGUCUAAGAGGAGGACGCCAGCAGAGGCAACACGCGAUGACAGCUUCCGAAUCUGCAGCUGUAGGCCAGGCGCUGGUCGAUUUCGCCUUGUACGGAGGCUUCCCUGAGGAUGAGCUAUCGUCUCGACAUGUUCGCAAAGAAGACUUCGGCCCAGCAUUGGAAGCUCUCGCAGUUGCCAAGUCUAAACUGGAGUCUGAAGUCCGUACCAUCAACGAAGAGACCGCCCCCGACGUACAAUCAUGGGUCGCAAAUGCGAAGACGCUUGAGGACGACAUCAACCGAUCGCGAAGCUUGGCCCACGAGAUAGUGCGACGGUCAGAGGCCCCCGAAGCUUCUGGACAGACGAUAAGGGAAGCAGAAGACACGGUUGAUUUUCUCAAUCGCGAAGCCAAUUAUAACCAGCAAGUCCUUGGUGCAUUGACUAGUAUCAGGCACGUCAAUGAGUUGUUGGACCAGGUGGAGCAAGCGAGAGACGAUCGGAGGAUACUGGAAUCCCUACACCUUUUGGAGAAAUCAUGGACUGCGCUCGACCAAAUACCUGCCACCAAGUCUCGCCGCAUCAUGAGGUUGCUAGACAUGCGGGCUUUCGAGUUGAAGUCGGCAGUACAUGACGUUUUCGAUCACGUUUGGAGCUCUCUGGUGCGGGUGGAUAUUGAGAAGGGCGAACUGGCGAUCCACGAAACCCGUGAAGAGGAGCAAAUGAGUUUGUCCGAAGCUGUAAUUGGCCUGCAAGCAUACAAGGAGGUUGACCAAAGAAUGGCGCUUCUAUGGCACAGUGUAGACGCAGCCAUUGUUGGGCCACGGACGAACCCCGAAAAUAAGACCUUGCCAGCCAUAAAAACCGAAAAUCAUACUUUGAGUAUUGCUGGUCAGGCAGAUCGAAGCCUUCCUUCCCUGUUCUCGGAUCUUGAACAAGUCAUGGGUUACUUCUCUAAACGAUUACCAGAAGAGCUUGUUCGUUCACUGUCCAAUGUGAUGAUGCCCGACCUUGUACCGAGAAUCAUCAAUCUUUGGCUUGAUCCCGUGAUUCCCGUUUCCCUGAAGGACAUGGAAGAGUUUCAGGAAGUGAUUAGUGUCGUGAAAACGUUUUGCAAUGCGUUGAGAAAACUGGAUUAUUCUGGGUUUGAUGAGUUGCAGGAUUGGGUGGAUGGUGCACCGCGAGUAUGGCUGGCGAAAUAUAGAGAGACGGCACUCGACUCGAUCCGCUCCCAGCUCGCUCAAGGGCUAGGAGGUGCGAAGCAAGUCGAACGCGUUGAAACGCAACAAGUAUCUCGAUCAGAAGGAAAGGAAUUGGUAUCCAACGGAGCAGCCCUUGCAGGCGAUGACGACGAUUGGGGUACCGCAUGGGGUAACGACGAGCAACCCGACGAAGACCCAUCUGGGAGUCCUGCCCGGGGUAACACGGAAGAGGAUGGGGCUGAUGCUUGGGGGUGGGGUGAGGAAGACGUUAUGGAAGAAAAUCCCAAGGAAUCUACAGAAGCCCUAAUGAUUGAACCAGCUGAAGACGACGAUGCUGCAGCUGCUUGGGGUUGGGGCGACGAUGAUGUGACAGACGAUGUUCAUCCAGAAGCGACGUCCGCAAAACCGACGACCUCGUCUCACAAGCCACAAACCCGAGAGAUGACAUUGAAGGAGACAUAUAACAUCUCUUCAAUGCCCGACCCCGUCCUCAAACGUGUCUCAGCCAUCCUUGAAGACGGGGCGUCAUUAGUUGGGUCCGAGAGACACCCAGUAGCGGCGGCGGCGGCAGGCCUCUUUUCUUUGCCUACCCUGAUACUAGCCAUGUUUCGUGCCGUCUCGCCCUACUACUACGCCCUCGACCCCGGCGGCAGUGGCAAUAUGUUCCUCUACAACGACGCGACCUACCUCUCUGAGCGCCUUUCCGACCUCGCUACAGACUGGAAGUCCCGUCCGGACCUCGCUCCACGGGCAGUGAACAUGCUUCGUCUCGACAAUGACAUCAAAACGCUGCAAUCCUUCGCUGCCCGUGCCUAUGCGACCGAGAUGACUACCCAGCGUACCGUUUUACGUGACCUUCUCGGCGGCACCCAGAACAUGUUGCAGCAAGACUUCUCCGACAUGACCGCUGUGGAAGCGCAGGUCGAUUCAGCGACAACCCACGUGAGGUCUUUGGCAAACAUUUGGUCCCAGAUACUCUCGAGAUCCGCAUGGUGCCAAGCCGUUGGCGGACUGGCUGAUACCGUCGCCUCGAAACUAGUCUCCGAUGUCAUGGACAUGGCCGGCAUCGGGCAAGAUGAGGCAUAUACGAUCGCAUCUCUCAUAUCCACCAUUACCUCGUUAGACAACUUAUUCCUACCGCCCGGCGCAGAAAACACCGAGGAUGCGAUCCUGACCACGGCCAAGUACGCGGCUAAUUGGCUUCGACUCAAGCUCCUGUCCGAGGUGCUGCAGAGCAAUCUUAACGAGGUCAAGUAUCUGUGGUGCGAAGGAGAUUUAAGUUUACACUACACUGUUGAAGAGGUGGUGGAUUUAAUUGGAUUGAGCUUUGUGGAUAACGCGCGGACGAGGGAGGUGGUUGGGACGAUUAGGGGGAUGCCGAGGCCGAGGGAAUAAGGGGUUGAUGGAUGUGCAACUCGGGGUCGGGAUGGGUCAAAGAAGCUAUGCACACUAUUUGUGGGCUCGGCGAGAACUGGUGUAUAUAAUAAGCAACAUAACUUUUUACUUGAUUCGCUGUGUCUUCAGAGUUCUACAUUGGAUUGUUAGGUGAGGGCGCUUUAGCAAUAGCUUGUUAGCUCCAUCUCGACAGCUUCGCAGGCUCUCUGCUCACAGCCAAUGCAAAACGAAUCUGUCUUCUCG